AUGCGUGUGUACGUGUGUACGUGCGUCUGUGUGUCGUCGUCUUUAUCGUCAGCCACGGUGGAUCCACUGCUGGAUGAAGACCUCCCCACCCCCACCCUCCCUCCCAAGCCGCCACCAUCUCCCCCGCGAUGUAGAAAUGCACCCAGCGUCGGCAUAACGCGCCGCUUUGCUGGCUCCAUCCUCGCUUCGGCGGAGAUCCUCUCCGUCGCGUUCCAGCCAUUGGCUGCUCCUCCGUCAACGUUCUUGACCAUCAGCCGCCCACCAUCCCUUCUAGCGACAGUUUGAAUGAUGUCUUUAGCCCGGCGUAUGUCCUCUAAUCCAUGUGCUCCUCCGUCUGUCAAUGCUGUUCCAGCGUGUAUCGCCCCGUGCCUCUUUGCGCGCGGAUACGUGCGUGUACGUGGGUGGGUACGUGUCCCGAUAUGUAGGGGGAGCGGUAGUUUAGUGGUUAGGGCACUGCACUACGAACCCGUCGACCCGAGUUCGAUAACCGUUAACGACUGAGGUCCACUCGACCAUCAAUGAUGCGGUGUGUAAAUAUCAGCACUGGGGAGACAAAGGCGGCCGGGCGUAGCGUUCGCCACGCACCCCGUCGUGUGACCUGCCGGGCUUCGUGUGCUCGCGAACAGAACAAAAGUGGGGAGCGGUGGUGCAGUGGUUAACGCAUUGCGCUACGAACCCGGCGACUACGAGUUCGAUUCAUUGGCAUGGUUAACAUCAGUGACGAGAAAUAUCUGAACGGGUCCUGUAUUGGAGGGGGGGUGGUGGCAACGGUCUGUGAAGGUAUUCAUCCAGCAGUGGAGAGGCAGUGGCUGCUGCUGCUGAUGGUGUUCUUGAAGAUGAUUACAUUGAUGAUUUCGUUGAUUAAUAGCAAAGACGUGGGGAGGCCUUCUGGCAGUGUACAACCAAUGAAUGAGUGCUGAUGAUGACUUUGAUUUCGAUGUUGGUGAUGAUGAUCAUUAACAUUAUUUCUCUCUCCUUUCCCGGAAUUCACACCACCUCUAUUGUAGUCCAAAUUGUACAACCGCUUCGCAAUCUGCUCCGGCAUCGUACGCACCCGUGCAUUUACUUAACAAAGGCUCCGUCGUUUCACCAGCACCACCGCCAACCACCUUUCACUCGACACCAGGGCCCAUCUUCCCCUCUACAUAAAUGGACGAAGACAGCACCACCACCACCACCACCACGGCCUGGUCCAACACCACCACCGAAGACAGUAGCACCAUGCGCGCCAACACCACCACCGCCACUGCUGGCGCCAGGCCGUCCGUGGCCGAGCCACUGACAGCCGUGGAGGUGGAGUGCCUGGCCACACUGUGCGUGUGCUCCGUGCUGCUGGCGCUGUUGUUCUGCGCGGGCACCUACGGCAACGUGGCUGUGCUGGCUUCCUUCCUGGACCCGGCCUUGCGCAAGGCGCGCUCCAGCCUGGACCUGAUGCUGGUGAACCUGGCGCUCUGCGACCUGCUCGUGUCGUGCGCGCUGGCGCCCACCUUCGCUUUCGUGCUUUUCCUGCAGGAGCACGAAUCCUCCUCCGUCGCCACGGCCACCGCCGUCACCGCGGCCACCACCACAACCAACGGCUACAACAACUACAACCACGGCGACGGCAGCGGCGGUGGCAGCAACGGCAGUGGCCUCCACAGCGGCGGCAACAGCAGCGGCGGUCGUGACAAGACCAGCGACGACGAGGACAUCAACAUCAUCGUGAACGUGAACAACAAAGACGCCGCCGCCGCCGUCGCCGCCGCCGCCGUGGCGACCACCAUCGCCGCCGCCACCGCCGCCGCAGGCGCGGCCGCCCAGGGCCCCGCGGCCCUUUGCUUGGCUUUCGCGGUCGCGGGCUCGGCGCUCCCCCUGCUCAGCCUGCAGACGGUGGCCAUCAUCGCCGUGCAGAGGCUGCGGCUGGUGCUGGGCCGCCUCCAGCCGGGCCGCUCAUCGCCGUCCCUCCCCACCGCCCUCUGCCUCUCGCUCGGCCUGUGGACGCUGGCGCUGACGGUGGCCGCGCUCUCCACCAUGGCCGGCUCACCGGCCGUGCGCGUCCGCCUGUGCGCCUCCUCCUCGUUGGCGGCCGCCUCGACGCCGACCGUCAUCCCGACCGUGACCCCGGCUGCCCCUGCCGCGACCCCGAAACCGAUCCCGGGCCACUACUGGAUGGCGGCAGAGACGGCGUCGGUGUCGGCCGCGUGGACGCAGGUGGCGCCGCAGGUGUACGCAGUUGGGUUCGGGGGCUGUCUGGCCCUGGUGGUCGCGUCCUACAGCCUCAUUGCGCACGCGCUGCGGCGCAAGGCCAAGAUUCGGCGAUGCGCCAUCAUCACGGUGGACGUGCCCAGGCAACGCGUGCAGCCACGGGGGCUGGCGCCAUCUGGUCACCACCAGCAGCAGCAGCUUCAGAUUCACCAGCAGCAGCAGUCUCAACUUGAACACCAGCAGGAGCUUCACGAUGACCAUCGGCAGCAAGUGAUUCAACGUCAUCAGUCUGAGCAGCAGCAAUCUCAACAGGAGCAGCAACAGCAGCAGUCCCAACAGCACCAGCAGCGGAAUAAACAGCAGCAGCCACAGCGGUCGGAGCAUCAAUCUCAACAUCAGCAGCAGCAGUCCCAACAGCACCAGCAGGGGAAUCAACAGCAGCAACGGUCGGAGGAUCAGUCUCAACAUCAGCAGCAGCAGCAGCAACAGAGUCAUCAUCAGCAGGAGCCUCAACAUCCGCAGCAGCACUCUCAGCAUCAGCCACAGGCCAACGCUCUUGUCAUAAGCAACAACCAGGUCGCGACUCACGCUCGCCACGCCAGGCCCCCCGCCGCCGCCGCCGCCGCCCCCGCGCAUCUCAACCUCUCCUCCUCCAAGGACUCGCGCGCCCUCGUCACGUGCGUGCUCAUCGUCGUCUCGGCGCUGGUUUGCUGCGCUCCGCUGAGCGCGACGCUCGCGCUCGGUGAGGAGGAGGCGGCCGUGCCGCAGAGUUCGCGGCGCCGCCGCCUCGAGCUGUGCGGCGCCGCCCUCGCCCUCUUCAAGUCGGCGCUCAACCCCUUCUUGUACUCGCGCAGCGGGCCCGGCCUGCGCAGGAGGGUCUCCUGCUGCCUGCGUCUCGUCGUGGCCCUCGGCUGCCUCUGCUGCUGCUGCCGCCCCAAGGCCCGGCUGCAGGGCCGCGCCGUCGGAGUCGCGGUCGGCGGCGGUGGCCGCGGCCGCGGCGGCGCCGGCGGAGGCGGCAGAAUCGGCGUGCGGAGGUCGUCGCACCGUGACACCAACUCGGCAUACAUCCUCUCGCCGAGGGCUCCGCGCCGCCAACUGGUGGACCAGGCGUGCGGCCCCAGCUCGUCCUGCAGGGGAGAGAGGACGUUUCCCAGCAAGGACGUCGUCAUGGGCGGCGGACGGGGCGGCGGCCGCGCCACGGACACGGACACGGCGACGGUGGAGCCGGGCCCGUGCGGCGUGCUCGUGUCCGGCUGCCACCCGUACGUGCACCGCAGCGGCGGCAGUGGCACCGGCGGCGUCACCAGCAGCUCGCUCAACACGCGCGUCGAGCCCUACGGCGGCAGCGGCGGCGGCAGCAGCAGCCCCUCGCAGCAGGAGGCCAGCAGUGACGGCGGCUUCGUCCACCUCCCCUACAGAGACGACGACGAAGACGACGACGACGAAUGCAACGGAGGCAGCCUCUUCCGUUCCAGUCGGACGCGUUCCCGACUCGGGGCGCUGUCCACAUUUUCAGCCAAUUCGCAACGUCAGCAGCAGGAGCAGCAGCGCCAUCGGUACCAGCAGUAUCAGGAGCAGCAGCAGAAUCAGCAGCAGCAGCAUAACGUGGCGAAGCUGUCGGACUUUGUGGCGGGAGGGUUGGCCGGAGAAGCGGGGCAGAUCCCCGUGCCUUCUGUGUGAAGCGUUCGGGCAAUGUUUGCGAUAAGAUCUCACAAUGGUCAUUUACAGCCCCUUUGUUGUCAACCCACUGCUGGAUGAGAGCCUCUCUCCCAUACCGUGUCAGUCGUAACAUUGCCCCUAUAUUUACAUGGCAGAGCCUCGCUGAGUCUCGCCAAGUCUCAAGACUCGUUUUCAGGAGGCUCCUGCAGGGUUGAUAUGUUUGGCCGAUUUCCACGAGUGAGUGUUUGGCAUCGUGGCAGGAGUAUAGCAGAGAAACUCCACCACAAAUACAUGUUGGGAAACAGUGAAAGCUCUGCACGGAUGGAUUCAAUUAUUCAUCGCUGUGCUACCAUCUGAUUGGCCACUCCGCAGCCCCAGGAAGCACCCACCCAUGGAGUCUUCCAUCCGAGUACUAACCAGGCUUAUUCCCGCUUAGCUUAAGAUCUGAGGAGAUUCAUACCUUGACGGCACAACGGAAAAGCACCUUCUUUCGUCGGUUUUCCAUAUCGCUCAUUGGCGGGGAUAGAGCAUUCUCCAGCAUGAGACCAAAAAGGAGGAACGCUCACUGACAAUGCGUGAUUCAAACAUUCGCCAUCAACAUUCUGUUGCCAACUCUGAUCCAAUCGUGGCAACAUCCACAUCGCCAUGGCAGGAGGCAUAGGAUGACCGCACUGGCUGACUUUACACAAAGUGGUACUUCUUUUAUCUACCUGAGAUGAUGAUGGACGAUGAUUGACUGAUUCGACCAUCCACCGAGAUUUGAGUGAAUGCAUCCCACUUACAGAGCCACCCGGCUUACCCAACUAAAAAUGUACACGCGUCUACGUUACUGGCCGUUGAUGGAAAUUGAACAAAGACAAAGAUCCCUCGUAUAGGAUAGGGGAAAGUGCUGUAGGCGAGCACCUAUGAAGGCCGGCACGGCACGCGACAGGGUGUGUGGCCUGCAACCACGCCUGGACCAGUCUAAACACACACACACAACUCAGAUCCCCCGUAUAGCAUAGAGGGCAAGUGCUGUAGGCGAGCACCUAUGAAGGCCGGCACGGCACGCGACAGGGUGUGUGGCCUGCAACCACGCCUGGACCAGUCUAAACACACACACACAGAACUCACGCUAAAUGGGCUGCAGUCUAACUUCCUUGGACCGAGCAGCGCAGCACAUGUUUACGACCCUCGGUUUCAGUGGUGUCACGUGGUGAGCAUGGGCCCUGGUGAAAUAAAUUGUGAUGGGACUCGCCACUGCCCAAUUUCCCCGCCUCUUCCGAACACGAUGCUACCUGUGGCCCCCUCCUGUCCCUUGGGCCUCAGUGCAGCUGCACCGCCUGCACACUCCAUAUUUAAGGCAAUGUGACCUGAGUGAUAAUGAUGAUUACGAUGACAAUGACGAGUGGACAUCGGCCACGAAUUGAACUGGUCACCUCAAGGAACUGAGCUAAUAGCUGUCUGCAUGUCAUGUGUGGUAGGCUUUAACACGUCGUAGGUUUUCGCGACCCAAUAUCCAUAAUUAGAGGGUAUUUUUUUGGGUUAGAUCGCGCAGAAUAUAAACGUGUCGUUAAACCCGCCCAAACAUGACACAGCUGAUUAGCAAAGUUUUUCACGUAAACAGAACGUGCCAAUUAGUUACUAGUUCAGCACACCAGUUGAGUGUUGGAGAGUAAACCUGAAACAUUUACAAUUCAAGAACUGUGACGUUUCGUUGGUAAUUACAACUAACCUCGUCAGGCAACAGCCACAGUUCUGGCUGUCGUGAUCUAACCCCAAAAGCAACCCCACCUCUCUUACAUAUCGUAGGCUGUAGCGUACGGUAAACGCGACUGUCGACGAACUCCAUGCCACGGGGGACCCCCAAAGGGGUUUGUGGGGAUAGAUGCCAAAGGCCCCAAUUUAGAGCCCGGGGCCGCCUCGCUUUAAAAGAGCCCCCCCCGCCCCCUCCAUCUCCACAACGGCCCCCGGGGCCUCCCCCAGCAGCCGCUGGGCGGCCCUGGAGGCCUCCCCCAGCAGCCGCUGGGCGGCCUCGGGGGCCUCCCCCAGCAGCCGCUGGGCGGCCCCUUUCACUCCGGACAGCGCGGCCCGCGGUAGCCGAUCGCAACAGCGUUGGCAGUAAGUCGGCAACAACGUUUCGGGGUUAAUUUAGAUGGACGAGUCUCUUUUCCUUUUAACGACGCCAAGUGCAUUUUUUUGUCGCGGUGGUAUACUCCGUUGUUUGAUCUAUCAGAGCAAGCGCUGUUCGUUGAGCGCGCGACGCAUUCCGAACUUCGCCUCUCGUGUGACCCCCCCCAUGCACCACGACGGCCAUACGACUCGCCACCCCCUCCCAGUGUUCUCACUUCGAAUACAAAUGAGUUCAUGGUACGCACCGCACGAGCCCGAUGAUUGGUAAACGCUUCCUCGCUCUGAUUUUACUGAACCACUAAACUCGUUAUUCGGUUAUGCCGCUGUUGCUACUGCGUUGGCAGUGGUGUACAGGCACAAUUAACGAACAACAACAAAUCCUUAAACACUUUCGUCAAUAACGCUGCCGUCUUAAAAGGGAAAUCAUAAUACUGUAUUUAAUAAGCGACGUUUCGUGCAGUGGUCCUUCUUCAUGGCACACUGCCAGCACUGUACUAUCACCAAAUAAGAAGCCGUGUGGGUUAGCGUACAGUGUGGGUCUCAACAAUGACCAUUUCCGUUAAGUAAGUAAUUACGCGCUGCAUGCACCCGAUGAUUGGUAAACACUUUCCAUGUCAUGUUACCGCGUGCGUGUAGACAAGCAUGUCCCCACAAUGACCAACUCUUCACCGUCAAAAUGCAACUCGAAGUCGUCACGCGCCGUACGAGCCUGAUGAUUGGUGAACUACACGUGGCUUGACGUGAAGAGUGCUGCUGACUCUCUAUUUAAGACAUCAAAAACUCAACACAUUUGUCAAUAACACCGUGGCCUUAAAGGGGAAAAAAAUAUAUAGUAGGCGACCUUUCGGCCUAUUAUAUAUUUUUCCCUUUAAGGUCACGGUGUUAUUGACGAGUGUGUUGAGUUUUCUUGUAUUGUGAAUUGUGCUUAUACGGCACUCCCAAUGCAGUAGCAUCACCAAAUCAUCUAUUUAAGCACAUUUCGUUCGUUUGUUUAUGCGCGCACGUGUGUUCGUGUGCCGACCUUCAUAGGUGCCGCUCGCUAACAGCACUCGCCCCAACAGCCUGGUCAGGCUAUACGGGGGAUCUUUGUCUUCGUUCACGCGGCUUCCACGUUACAUAGAGAUGCGCAUGCUUGAUUCGAAUGCUCUCCACGCCAUGUGGGAUGUGUUUAUACCAAACCAUCCGGUGCGUGCAGCGUGUUAGUGGAAAGGUUUAUUGAAACGUUAGUUUAGGCGGAGAAGACCGCUGUUAGACGUGGGUCUCGUGGGGAAUUUGUUCAACCGUGAGCGGCUAAGUCAUGCCGCACACUGCAUUCACGAGGCGACAACGCGCGUGUUAUUUCUCCACGAAUCUGGCCGUCGCCUGAUAAUGCUGGUUGUAAUUACUGGCGAAACGUCGUACUCGAAUUUUUUAUGUUGUAGGUUUACUCUCCAACACACCGUUGUGCUGUACUAGUCACGAAUUGGCGUGCUUUGUUUUACGUGACAAACCUCACUAAUUUGCUGUGUCGGGUGGUGGCCGGGUUCAGCGACACAUUUAUAUUUACGCGAUAUAACCCCCUCAAAAAACCUCUAUUAUGGGAGGUGUAUUUUAUCAUCACUAAAACGGCUUUUUGGUGCUCUUUACGAGUUGUGCUAUGAACUCAUGAACACGACCCUGCUGCCACGUUUGUCCAAUCGGUAGAGCCCCUUAACGUCUCCGUUAUUCACCCAGGUGCUGUUUAUUGCUGGCCGUUUGGCGUUCAAUGGCCCUGUGGCUCAGCAACCCUGAUUUGUCCAUGCAUGGGACUCUCCCCCCACACCCCACCCCCCACCCCCCGACCCCGACAUCAAGAUGAUGAAAAGAGAAGAUGCGUUGUUCCCCUUUCCGGCAAGAAUACGAGAGGUGUUGAAGAUGUUCAAACACCAAACUGGUACUUGUAUCGCGAGGCGCCAAGUCUGCAUUAACCACACAUCAUCAUGCUCGUGGCAGUUGUCUAUUUGGUGUUUGGACAUCUUACCACACCGGUAUUCUUAGAUUUUUUCAUAACCCUGAUAUACCCCCCCCCCCUCCUCCCCGUUCAGUCUGCAACUUAGUACCAGAUCGUUUAAAUGUCACUCGUAUAACAAAAAAACCGAUUUGCUACAAAAAACCGAAAUCAAAUCGGCACAUUUGCGAACGUGACAACUUGAUUCGUUAGGCUGUGUCGGGUGGUGGAGGGUUAUUGCAGUAAUUGACAUUGGAACGAUUUGACACCCGAAUAAACUAAAUUGUGAAAUCGUAAUCUCGGUUGUGAAAGCCCUACGUGUGAAAUGAACCGUGCUUACGUAAUAGGGCAUAUCUCUGUACCUGCGGCUCUCUCACCUGUGGGCCUAUAACGCACACGACAGGUGGUCUGGGAUUAUUGGGCUAUGACGUCAUUCAGAGCCGACCUUUCCCACGUGACUCCCGUAAGCCGCUAGACAUUCUCGGAAGUUCCGUCCAUAAAUUGAGCUGAAAAUGUGUGAAUGUCACCGGAAUUUGCGAGUUAAUCGAUUAAUCGUUGCGUGCGGAAUGAUGCAUUUUUACGACAUCAUUAUCUGCAGCAGCAGUAGUAUCAACAGCGAGUAGCAUUGCCACUGAAUUAUACAUUUACGUACAAGAAUAUUCAUAAAAAAUCAUCAUCAAUGUCAUCCACAUCGUUAUUAGCAGCAGAAGCAUCACGUUGAUGAUGAUGGCGGGCGGUCGAGACGAACGACGGAGUGACAGCUAAAGGUGCGAAGCCCGCCCGAGAGAGAGAGAGGACGUCCACCGCGGGAGAUAGAGCGAUGAAAUCAGCUCGGGUGCAGGUGCAGGCUGGAUGGAUUGUUGCCUCUUCUGACUCGCCGUCGAACAAAGACGGUGGUCACCGCAUCGCGCGCUUUCAGAUGCGCAUCUGCGGCCGUCUGGAACGCUCUUCCUUCCGAUAUUAGGAAGCCACUGGAACUAUUCACUUUCAAAUCAUCUAGAUUUAAAACUUCUUUAUGAUUAGUUUUUGUUUGCCCUUCCCCUGUCCUGCACUUCUGAUUAGCAGGGUUGGCUACGUACGGUGCGAAAGAAGUUCAACAUGCCGUACAUACAGAACCGACGUGACAGAUGGCAAUGGAUUGCAGAGGCCUUUCAUCCAGCAGUGGACUGAUCAUUGUCCAUGAUAACAAUGGUGAAAAUAUACAUCGCCAUUCACAAUAUCGGCGUCAUCACCAGCCCAAAUCGAGGCUUGUGAUUCCACUGCUGGAUGAGGGCUUCCCCACGCUGCUACGGAGUUUGUUUGACCAUACUUCGCCACGCUGGUCAGCGCUGUUUGGCGAAGGCGGGAAAACACAGAGGGCGAGAGCAGUAUAAAGUACAGUACAACAAUGAGCUUCGCUGCCCUUGCCACUGCUGCCACUGCCACGGAUGUCUGUCGAGUCUCCAGGCUCCAGUGACGCACACGUCGCCUCACCUGGCAGGGACUUAAUGGCAGCGGGACCACGGGGCCCUCCCUCUCCGCAUCCCCUAAUGCAGCACAAACAACAUCAUCAGCAUUAUCAUCAGCAACAGCAGCGUCAGCAGUAUAAUUAUUGUCAAGAGCCUAAACAUCAGCAGCGUCAGUGUCAUCAACAUUCUCGGCAGGGCCAGGUUCAUUAUCAGCAUCAGCAGCAGCAGCGUCAGCAGUAUAAUCAUUGUUAGGAGCGUGGACAUCAGCGGCGUCAAUAUCAUCAACAUUCUCAGCAGGGUCAGGUGCAUUAUCAUCAUCAGCGGCAAAACUAUGAACGAAACUAUUUUAUUUGGCCACGUAAAAGCCCACUGAGCUAUUAUUAUUUUUUUCAGAAGCGACCUGGCCACUUACGACAGCCCAUCGAAUUGGCUUACAUCAUCAUACGUGGGGAUACAGCAGCCGAAUUAUACGAAACGCAUGUUUAUAAAAGUGGAGGGCAAAACCGGAGGAAAAAUCCACGCGACCACGGCGAGAACACGCGAACUCCAAAUAUACAGGCAUCGGAGUCGGGAUCGAAGCCACAACCUCCUGUAUACCAGGCGAGUUAUGCAGGAGGUCGCUGCUUAGCUAACAUCUCUCCACCGUGUACCAGAGUGUAACAGAGUUAAACGACGGAGCGACAGCCAAGGACUGGUGAAACCCGUCCGAAGGGAUGUCUACCUAAGGGAAUCAGUGCGUGUGCUGGGUCCAGGUAGAUUAUAAUAGUAAUUAUAUCACAGGCUCGUGAGACAUCGCGGUGCCUUCAUCCAGCAGCGGAUUGGCCAUGGCUGAUAACGACAACAUAUAUAACGUUUCGUUUUUUUUUAUAUAUGACGUCGUCGUUCGUGACAAUUCUAUCUCACAAUCGCUGAGCAGGAACCACAGACACGAGCUGGAAUGCAACCAGGCGGUGAGCCGACGUUACCAAUAAUUGCCGCCCUCUAUAUUGUUAAUAUCUUUUGAACUAAUGCAUGAUUGUGUAUGCAAGUGGGAGGAAACCGGAGCACCCAGAGAAAACCCACGCGCGUAAGGGGGCAACACUGUAUCCCCUCCCCUACGGAUGAAAACGGAUGGCGAUUCGUCUACUUGAUGUGCUGUUUUUUCCUGGCGAGCCAGGGUAUAUGGCCACUCCCUCGACGCUCGCAGGAAGGGAAUUUCACAACAUCGUGUGCGUUACUUUCUGUAAAGAAGCGUCAUAUUUGAAGCGACUUUGCGUAAUAAAUUAUUUGAUUAAGCUCGA